AUGAAAGCUUCCUUGGUUUUUCUCACUCUGCUGUCGGCGCCCGUCAGUUUGGCCCAGGUUGUGCUACCGGCAGGGGUAACGACCCCCUUGGUAGAAACCUGUGGCCCUAGCGACAGUGCUAUCGUCUGCGUCAACAAAUAUGCCGCCGUCCUGCCCUACCAUUUUAAUCGCUCAAUCUCCACCAACAAAGAGUCUUAUGAUUUUCGCAAUACCACAGUUGGGAACGAUACGAGCUUUGGUCUACUCAGCAAUGCAUCAUUCGUCGUCUUUGACCGCGAACGAGGACUGCAACUCCUAGGCGAGAACCCAAGCUAUGAAUUUGUCUUUGAAGUCUCCGAAGCUGUGCAUGAAGCGCCAGUCUAUGCUCCAGAGCAGAACCUCCUUUUCAUCUCUGUCCUGGCGCCACCGAUCGGCCAUCUACCCCAACUCGUUGUCAACCUCAACGAUGACCCGCCCACUCUCAGCAACUACACCCCUAAUCCGCCGGUCUACGCCCCCAAUGGUGGUACAUUCCGCGAUGGUUUGAUCCUCUUUGCCGCAUCAGGAGGGGCCGACGAUCUUCCAGGCGGCGAGCAAAGGGUGUCCAUCCGGACGGUAGAUCCCGCCACGAAUGAAUCGGUCGUUCUCCUCAACAAUUACUACGGCUUCUACUUCAACAACAUUGAUGAUUUGGCAGUUCACCCUCAAUCCAGAGACAUCUUCUUUACAGAUCCUGCAUACAGCUGGUUCAACGCAUUGACCGACACUGCACCACAACUCCCUAUUGCAAGCUAUCGCUUCAAUCCUGACACUGGCGCUGUGUUCCUCAUCGACGACAGUCUUGAACAGCCCAACGGGAUCGCCUUCACGCCGGAUGGAAAGACCUUGUACAUCAGUGACACGGGUGCCGUGACGGGAACCAUCGACCCAGCCCUCGGCUCCCAAGGCACCACCUUCAACACGACAGGCAAGAGAGCCAUUUACGCCUGGGAUGUCUCCAACAACGGAACCCGAAUCUCCAACAAACGCGCCUUUUACCUUGCUCAAGACUGGGUUCCUGAUGGUCUCAAGGUCAGUCAAGAGGGCUAUGUCUUCACGGGGUCAGGACAAGGCGUCGACAUUCUCGACGAUGUUGGCCAACUACUCAUCCGCAUCCAAACAAACUACACCGUCCAGAACUUUGCAUGGACCGGUGAAGACCUCAACACAUUGUGGAUCAUGGGCAAUUAUGGCAUUAGCAAGGUUGAAUUCAAUAUCACCGGACAGAGGUUGACUUGA